UUUACUUCAGUCCGGGGGAGAAUCGCAUACAUUUUCUUUCCAAGAGGAGAAUCCAGCUGCGCCCUUGGCCUUCGCAUCGAUUGGUGGAUCCCGCCGCCGUAGGAGAUCGUAUUCAUCGAGCCCAAGUUACGCUACCGGCUAUGGUUGGGUACACUUCGGCGUGGAAACGCCGGUUGCCAUGUCAUCACGCUUGAGAGUGUUUAGUUUGUUUGAGUUGGACGCCGCUACAAAUAACUUUUCAUGUGAACAAGUGAUCCACGAAGGCGACCAUGCUACCCUCUACAAGGGUGUAUUACCUGACGGGAGCAUGGUUGCCAUCAAAAGGUCUCGUGAUGGGAACGACCUUCUUUUUCCAGUGCACCUCCAACACAAAAACGUAGUUACAUCUCUAGGGCACUGUCGUUAUGACCAGGGAGAGAUUGUGGUCGAAGAGUAUAUGCCCAGAACCUUGUCCGUGAUACUCAAUGAGAAGUCGGGUCAGCUGGAUUGGUCCUUCACGUUGCAGACAGUUCGAGGGAUCGCAGAGGGCGUAGCUUAUCUCCAGACCAUGCGUGUCGUGCAUCCGGAUUUGAAGCCCGCCAACAUCUUCUUCGAUUCUGAUAUGAAUCCUAAGAUAGGUGGGUUUGGAAGGUCUAAACUUCUGCUAGAACAAGGUGUCACUCAAAUAAAGACACAAGAGUUACUGGGGACAGUGGGCAAUGUACCUCCUGAGUAUAUCACUGAUGGCAUUAUCUCCAUGAAGAGCAACGUUUUCAGCUUCGGCAUCCUCCUCCUCCGUCUCAUUAGUGGGAUGAGAGGGCCUGUACUAGAGCAACAUCCAAUUGCAUGGGCUUUGGAGGUGUGGGAAGCUCAACAGAUGGAGCCAUUUGAUUCGUCAUCGCUUGAUGAAUCCGAGCUAAAUGAGAGAGAAAGGUGCAUCUGUAUCGGGCUGUUGUGUACCCAAAUGGAUCCUCGUGACCGGCCAACCAUGCCAGAUGUUCUUGAUAUGCUUGGUAGCAAGGAAGAAUUACCAACCCCAAAGAUAUCUGGCUUCCUUAGAAAGAGUAGUGCAGAGAAGGAGCAGCCGUGGUGGAGGAGCAGCUGGUGGAAGUGGUGGUCUGACGGCAGAAAAUGGACGUUGUUGGAGAAUACACAAUCAGACGAAGACAGAUUGUGUACUUAUUAAUGCGAAUGUGGAUUCCACCCAAUAAGGCAUCACACUGUUACUAUAUAUAUGAUCGCCGAAACAUGAAAUUUGAGGAAUGGUGUUGUAUUAUUUGGAAGCGAUAAUAAAAGCAGAAAUACAACUUUGGUCA